ACUGAAAAGUAUAUAUAAACCGUUACAGAGCCUGAGCCACUUGCGGUUCGUACCAAACCACUUUCAAUCUUCCUAUUUCGUACCAUACCAUUACUGAAUCUAUCUUCUCUUCGAGAUGUGUUUCGUACAAGCACUGCAGCCACAGUGUGGUGGCGUAACUUUCCAGAACAUCGAAUGUGGAACUUCGACGGUGGAGAAGUUAGGAAUUGUUAACUUCCGCCAUAGAUUCAAUGCCGUUGAACUACGUCGUUGUCGUAAAAGUAUGUUGAAACCAAUCAUGGCGCAGGACGAGCGUGAAUCAUCUAUUGCCGAUGACGAUAACAGAAUUCCGAAAUACAAGGGAAUUUCUGUGAAUAAAAGGAACUGUGUUAAAAAUGAACCUGAUUCAUCUUUCAUUGAUCAUUCUGCAGCAUUUUCUGGUAAAAAUCUCAGCAAUUUGACAACAAAUGGCAAUUCAACAAACAUUUUAUGGCAUGAAUGUUCAAUCCAGAAGCUUGAUAGACAGCAACUACUUCAACAAAAAGGCUGUGUUGUCUGGGUAACUGGUCUCAGUGGUUCAGGAAAAAGCACUCUAGCAUGCGCUUUGAGUCGAAGCUUGCACUCGAGAGGAAAGUUAACAUAUAUCCUUGAUGGUGAUAAUAUUCGACAUGGUCUAAACCGUGAUCUUAGUUUUAGAGCAGAAGAUCGCUCAGAGAACAUACGCAGGAUUGGUGAAGUAGCUAAACUCUUGGCAGAUGCAGGAGUUAUUUGCAUCACCAGUUUGAUAUCACCAUACCAAAAGGAUAGAGAUGCUUGCAGGGCUCUACUGCCCAAAGGAGAUUUUAUUGAGGUUUUCUUAGACGUGCCACUAGCUGUGUGUGAAGCAAGGGACCCAAAGGGACUAUACAAGCUUGCUCGAGCUGGAAUGAUCAAAGGUUUCACAGGGAUAGAUGAUCCGUAUGAACCCCCAUGUAGCUGUGAGAUAGUAUUGCAUCAGCAAAAGGAAAGUGACUGUAUGUCUCCAAGUAAUGCGGCAGAAAAAGUAAUAUCCUACUUGGAGAAGAAUGGGUACCUGCGGGCCUGAGUCCUGACGAUGCUUGAACGGUGUCUUUCUUGUUUGUUGUAGGUAUGUAUGUAACACAGUCUAUGAGUACAAAACUGCUUCUCCAAGCAGCAAGGAAAUUAUUGUUCGCUAUGCAUCUGGCUCCAUCCAAGCCACAUACAUCCACAUUGUAUUUAUGCCUUCAUUAUAUAGGUGGCCGUGAGUGGAGUGGAUCAGUGAGGAAUGAGCUGGUCUUGAUUGGUAUAAUUAUGUAACUUGUAAGAAAAACGAAGUAAGAAUUAAGUAUAUAUGAUCCUUAUCUUUUGGCAAACAAAUGUUCCUUGUAAAAUGUGUUGUGCAUGAAAAUAUUUGUUUGCUAUCCAAAGUAA